AUGGCCACUAGAGGGCGUAAGUGGCCAUUCUCAGCAGACACGCUCAAGUGCGUGUUUGCAAGUGUAAGGAAGCCCUCGAGGGGGUACCACUAUGGCCAGGGGUACCAAUAUGGCCAGCGGUACCAAUAUGGCCAGCAGUACCAAUAUGACCAGCAGUACCACUAUGGCCAGCGGUACCACUAUGGCCAGGGGUACCACUAUGGCCAGCGGUACCACUAUGGCCAGCAGUACCAAUAUGGCCAGCAGUACCAAUAUGGCCAGCAGUACCAAUAUGACCAGCAGUACCAAUAUGGCCAGCAGUACCAAUAUGGCCAGCGGUACCAAUAUGGCCAGGGGUACCACUAUGGCCAGCGGUACCACUAUGGCCAGCAGUACCACUAUGGCCAGCAGUACCAAUAUGGCCAGCAGUACCAAUAUGACCAGCAGUACCAAUAUGACCAGCAGUACCAAUAUGGCCAGCAGUACCAAUAUGGCCAGCAGUACCAAUAUGACCAGCAGUACCAAUAUGGCCAGCGGUACCAAUAUGGCCAGGGGUACCACUAUGGCCAGGGGUACCACUAUGGCCAGCGGUACCAAUAUGGCCAGGGGUACCACUAUGGCCAGCGGUACCAAUAUGACCAGCAGUACCAAUAUGGCCAUGGGUACCAAUAUGGCCAGGGGUACCACUAUGGCCAGGGGUACCACUAUGGCCAGGGGUACCAAUAUGACCAGCAGUACCAAUAUGGCCAUGGGUACCAAUAUGGCCAUGGGUACCAAUAUGGCCAGGGGUACCAAUAUGGCCAGGGGUACCAAUAUGGCCAGGGGUACCAAUAUGGCCAGGGGUACCAAUAUGGCCAUGGGUACCAAUAUGGCCAGCAGUACCAAUAUGGCCAGGGGUACCAAUAUGGCCAGGGGUACCAAUAUGGCCAGGGGUACCAAUAUGGCCAGGGGUACCAAUAUGGCCAGGGGUACCAAUAUGGCCAGCAGUACCAAUAUGGCCAGGGGUACCAAUAUGGCCAGGGGUACCAAUAUGGCCAGGGGUACCAAUAUGGCCAGGGGUACCAAUAUGGCCAGGGGUACCACUAUGGCCAGGGGUACCAAUAUGGCCAGGGGUACCAAUGUGGCCAGGGGUACCAAUAUGGCCAGGGGUACCAAUGUGGCCAGGGGUACCAAUAUGGCCAGGGGUACCAAUAUGGCCAGGGGUACCACUAUGGCCAGGGGUACCACUAUGGCCAGGGGUACCAAUGUGGCCAGGGGUACCAAUAUGGCCAGGGGUACCAAUGUGGCCAGGGGUACCACUAUGGCCAGGGGUACCAAUAUGGCCAGGGGUACCAAUAUGGCCAGGGGUACCACUAUGGCCAGGGGUACCAAUAUGGCCAGGGGUACCAAUAUGGCCAGGGGUACCAAUAUGGCCAGGGGUACCAAUAUGGCCAGCAGUACCAAUAUGGCCAGGGGUACCAAUAUGGCCAGGGGUACCAAUAUGGCCAGCAGUACCAAUAUGGCCAGGGGAGCCCUCGCCCCCACCACCAUCAGGAGCCUCGCUGUGGGCCCUCUGCUGCCAGUGCCCAGCAGACAAGUGCCCCAGCAGACAAGUGCCCCAGCAGACAAGUGCCCCAGCAGACAAGUGCCCCAGCAGACAAGUGCCCCAGCAGACACGUGCCCCAGCAGACACGUGCCCCAGCAGACACGUGCCCCAGCAGACACGUGCCCCAGCAGACACGUGCCCCAGCAGACACGUGCCCCAGCAGACACGUGCCCCAGCAGACACGUGCCCCAGCAGACACGUGCCCCAGCAGACACGUGCCCCAGCAGACACGUGCCCCAGCAGACACGUGCCCCAGCAGACACGUGCCCCAGCAGACACGUGCCCCAGCAGACACGUGCCCCAGCAGACACGUGCCCCAGCAGACACGUGCCCCAGCAGACAAGUGCCCAGCAGACAAAUGCCCAACAAAGAAUCUCGCUUUCUUCAGACCCAAAACAGGGGGCUUCACCCAGAGGGAAUCCCAAUAUUCCCCAUGA